CUGAAAAGCAUAAUAUCAGAGGGAACUUUCUUCCUUGAAGCAGUGAAAAUUGUGGAAACCGAGAUUUCCAAAAGUAAAUUUGCAAUUUAAUCGCGUUUUUCUUCCCGAUGCUAAUAUACCGUGUGAAAAUGAGUAUUCGAAUGUGUAGUGAUUGAAAAAAAAAAGCUAUAGAAUUGGCAAUGCGUUGGUGACGCUUUCGGAAUUCAACUUGUUUGUGUCUAAUUUUCGAGGCAGCCAAAGUACUGCGAAAAUUACGUUUCAGUUUUUUUUUUCGGGUAGACGGUGGGUGUUUCAGAUGGUUCCAAUCCAGGAGCCAAAUAAGCAUAACAAAUGCUAACCUUGUGAAUGAAAAUGCUUGAAAAUUAAAUCGAAGGCAGGAAUUGGUAUCAAUCGAUAAUUCAAUUCUCCCGGAAGUGUUUUUUGCCGCUGCAGCAGGAGUGGGAAGGUCGAUGAGACCAACAACAGCAACACGUUAUCUGGGCUUCGGCAAGAGCGCAGAGCACAAUCGCAAACAAAAAGUGCGAAUACCAACCAGCUGUAGGACUAUCGAAUGAGCAGCAGCGAACAACCACAUCAACAACAACAGCAGAGAGAAAAAAAACUAGCUACCAACAAUCAUAACAAAGUAGAUUGCUGGUGGCGGCCCCACACGAAGGGGAAGCGCGGUGGUGUGGAUGACUAGCGUGGUCGCUAACAAGAACGCAACGUGCUCAGCAGCAGUCGUUCGGCAGUCGCGCGAGGAUAUUCAACAAACCGAAAGUGAAUGUGAACGCGGUAAGAUCGACCACGACGUCGACCACGAACAUAGGACAGCAGCAGCCACAGCUCUUUCUGCGUCGUAUAUUCUAUAGGAUACAGUGCGCUCUCUGUGGAAGGGCAGAAGAUAUUAUAGCGAAAGUGAUUCCCUAGGCCCACAUUGUUCGCCGAUUUGGCCCAGUUAUAGAAAUAACUCGAUCUUUUGAUUGUGCGAAAAAUCUAAUGAGCUCUCUGUUGCUCAAUUGGGUGUGUGGAAACCUCUGCUAGUUGAAACGUCAUUGAUAAAAGUGAUAAGAGGGUGGGUGAAAAUAUCAAAAUUUCCUGGUGGAAGCAGGCGGUUUCAAGUGUGAAACAAGUGCCAUACAAAGUUGGUCAAAAUUACCGGGAAAUUAUGAUUAAAGUUACCAGAACUACCGGGGCCUAUGCAGCCCUGGUGUCUGUGCUGUCCGGAACCAUCGUCUGGUUCAACUUCCGUCCACUGGGGCUGUUCUUCUUCUCCGGACUGGUGGUGUUUUGGUGUCGGCAGUACGCCAAUCUCCGCCUCCAGAUGACACCCCUGGUGGAGGAAAAGCUGCGGAACGCCUGUCGCCGGGCGCUCGAGCUCCGCACCAACAAGCCGGGUUUGUUUUGUGCGAUUAUAUCGUGCUUCCUGAUUCUGCUGGCCGUAAUCGGUCACGUGGUUUCCGGAGCGUACAUCGUCGUCGCCCUGCUGGUGCUGUCGAUUGUGAUUUCGACCAAGUACGACAUCAAAAUCGUAACCGAUCGGGAACGCGCUUCCCAAUUGUCGGCCCAGCUGGAUCAGGAGGUUGCCGAGUUCCUACCGGAGAUUGACGAAGCGAAUGCCUCUCUGCUGAAGCAAGUGGGAGAGGACGCCGACAUCAGUGCCGUGUACAAAACGGACAGCACCAUCAGCGAGCGUACCAAAACCGGCAAUGGCGAAGAGGACGACGACGACGAUACCUAUUCGGAUCUGAUGAUUCCGCAGAGCAGUAUUAAGGAACUUGACGAAGAGCAAUCCAGUGAGUCCAGCAGCGACGAACUGUUGCUUGGAACCAACAAUGGUACCAUUAAUACGACCGGCACUUCGGUUGGUGGUGCUGCGGACAUUUCCACCGGGGAAAUCCGGUUCAAGAGUAGUCAUUUCAAUGCAAACACUUCCUCCGAUUCGGACGAUAGCAUUUCGCGGGGGUUAAGUUUUGACGAUGUUCCCGACAGUCGGGGAGCUAGCAGCCGGAAGAAGCAGCCGCAGCAACAGCAUCACCAGUAUCAGCAGCUGGAGAAGUAUUCGCAACCGGCAGCUUCAGAUCAGCUGGUAGCGAACCUGGCCGGUAAUCUACUGGCGGGUGGGGUGCUUAACUACUUAUCCUCAGCGAUGGCAGGCGCUGCUGCUAUGAGCCAAUCCCAUCCGGCUCCCAGCCGGGGUGGAGCGAAUAGCAAUAUCAGCAGCAGCAACAGCCGGAAUCGUAUGACGGUGUCGUCCGGUGCCGGAGCUGCCGCUGGUCGGCGACCGUACAGUAUGGGCCAAGGAGAUUCCACCGAUGAAGAUGGAGACAGCGACUUCGAAAUGCUCAAUCCAGACGAACUGAACCAUCUCUAAGAAUAAGUUGACAUCGGAUGAGGCAUGACGAGGGGCGAAUGCUGUAUGACGUAUGUAUGUUUUUCUUUCUAUUAUUUUCCGUACCAUCUUAAUUCUGCACUGUUUGAAAGUUUUUUUUUAAUUGCUGGACAAUGUUCACAGACAAAAUAGUUUAGAUGGCGCAUUUCUUAAUCUUAUAGAAUUGUGCUUUUUUGACGGUAGUAUUUUUCAUGUAUUUAUUGAAUGAAAUGUUCCUACCAUACGCAUGACAGGCAAACCUUUUUUGUUACCCUUUCUCUCAUAAGAAAAACUUUCUUAAAAUGGGGGAAAAAAAAUGCUAGUUUAAUUUUAGGACAGCACUAAACACCAUUAAUGGUGGUGAACAUCAUGGGAUAAAAUUUAACCGUCUCUAAAAUUAUAACCCGCGUUUGUAAAGGUUGUCUUUAAUCUGCCCAUUUUUUUUCCUUUGAACUUUGAACUCGUAUGCAGAUAUAUUCGAAAAUACGAAUACCAUAAACGUAACUCAUUGUAAAAAGAAAAUAUCUUAAGUGUAGUGUUUUCCUCCAACAACGGGUUCAAUCAGGAACCAACAUUCUAUUUGAAAAUCUUAUGGAAAAAUUAACUGUAUUAUCAAAAAAAAAGGCAUCACGGAGAUCACGUAACGCAGUGUUGAGUGGUGAUCUGUUGGCAAAGAAUAUCAAAAACUUUUUUCAAUCAUGUUGAAGGUACUUUGUUUCUGAUUUUUUUUUCAGAAAUUGGAAGAACGAUUGAUAAGCUGCAUUUUCAUAAAAGCUCUAAAUCAUAUUUGCAUAAAUUUAGUAGAAAGCAAUUUUAGCACGUGAAAACUUAUGCAGUUGAAGCUUCUCCGAUAGCACUUUUUUUUUAAUAAAAUAGAAUGAAAAGGGAAGAAAGAAAGCCAUAUCAUAACUGUCAGAGGAAAUAAUAGCUUUGGUUACUGUUCCCAGCUUAUUUUCCGUUUCUGUUUACAGUAAAUCCAGACAAGUUUUAUUCUAAAAAAAUCAUCAGUUUCGUUGACGCUGACUGAUGUUUUGAAACUAUAUUUUUUCUUUCAAAAUAUGUUCAUAAAUUAAAUUUUAUACAUGUUUACAUCAAACAUGAAUGAAUUUGUUUUCUGAGAAUGCAGUCUUAAAUCGAUAAAUUCUUCCUCUUAUUCCAUGAGUAGCGAAACGUAUUUUUUUCCUUUCGUUCAUAAAUUGUAACAUUCUUUUUCCUUUUUUUAAAUUUUUACAUUUUAAUUUUCCGAAUUUGAAACCCUUCUCUAAACAUUUCUAACAGCGAACAAAAAUCGCACAUGGCAGUAACAAAAAAAAAACAACUCUGCGUUACGAUGUGUAUAACUUUCAUUAUUUUACUUCCUACCACUAUAGAACAGUGUGGUAUCGAAGGAAAACAAAUCAGCAAAAAAAAGAUAAUCAGAAUCGGAACAACCACAAAACCUGAUAUAAAAUGCUAGUCCAAAGAGUUUAGAACUUAAACCAAGAUUGACCGAGAAUAGUAACGAAGUAAUAACAGCAAGCAAAAACGAAACCACUACCUAAAAGAAGAAUUAAAAACAGAUGAUUAAUUCAUGGCGUUGAUCAUCCACCGAAGAAAAACUUGUAUAAAACACAUUUAGGAACGAUAGCAAAAAAAAAAACACUUAAUGAUUCUUUGUUCGGCUUUGAAAAUUGUAAAAUUUUUCACAUACAUUACCGAGCAUUCUGAACGUUGAUGUAUUUUGCGAACGCUUGAAAGCAAACACUCUCUUAAGAUAAAUGACCUACCACUAAAUCCAGCAAGAGAUUUGAACGCGACGAUAUCCAGUUUGAAAUUCAAUUGUCUCACACACAUCGACUACAUUCAUUGGAAAUCAAUUUGGUAACUGGCGUCGUUAAAAAAAAAGUAAAAAAAUACUUAUUUAUAUUUGCAACAAACCGAUAAAAUCUUAGGCAAUGUGUGCACCACUCAUCUAUUUGGGAUCGCGAUGCAAAGCAAAAAAAUGAAAAUAAAUCGAUAAAAAAAAGUUUUUGUAUAAACAAAAGAAAUGGAAACUUAAAUAUUUAUUCAUAAACUAUGUGUGAUAUGUUUUUACUAUACUCUGUAUACCCGUAACGACUAUUGUGACGUAAAUGCAAAUAAAGCAAAACAAAAAAUAAAAGUAACAAUAAACGAUACUGAAACAGUAGAAAUGAUAAAAUGUA